CAGCAUCAGACACAGCCGCAGCAACAUCAACAGCAACAGCAACAAAAGAUCCAACAUCAGCUACAGCAACAACAGACGCAACACCAACAAAUACAGCAACAGACUAUUAUGAGGCAACAGCAACAAACACAACACCAACAAGCUCCGCAGACAGUCAUAAGACAGGUCUCCAACUCUCGAGAGACUACCAGCCGAAUCACAGGCAAGGCAGGAGACGGGGACAUGUCGGCGGUUGACUUUGCUAAGGUGCGCUACCAGGAAUCACAACAACAUCCACACUCUUCGCAACGGCUCAACGACUACCGUAGUAUCUCCAAACAAACGGUCAAUGGGGACGGCCGCGUCAUGAUGGCACGUACGCGCUUCGAAAACGGCAGCACCUCGUUGUCUGAUUCCAUGUGGAGGGGUUCCUUCAGCAUUCAAGCGGAUGAAGUGGGUUCCACACUGCCCGAAUUUUAUCGACGCAAGUUACGUAAAAUGAGAAAGGCAGGGUCGCCAGAGCCGCUUGUAGCGGGCAGCAUCUCUGCUCUGCCACACCCUGAGCUGACUGAUCAACAGAAGGCCCACAUCAGGGAGAGAUCUCAAUCUCCUACCACCGGAUACAACAGCGCUGGGGUGGCCAUCAGACCCUUCCUUACGCAGGGCAGUGUGGCCGAACGAGUGCUUAUAUUCGAGCGUGCCCCAGCAGAGAUGAAGCCCAAGCCAGGAGUGCCCACGACUGCCGCCCCAGAGAAACGCCGCCCCGCCAUAUCUACCUGGCGCGACCCAGACGAGGUUCGCUCCCUCGCUCAGUUUUGGAACAUCCUGAGCUUUUUGGGGGCGUUAGACGAUUUCACGGAUGGCCUACAAUCCACUCCUUCAACCACCUCGCCGACUUCAUCACUGCGACAGAUAGAAGCGCCCCCGCCGACCACGCAGGAAACAAAAGCAUUGACAUAUGUGCGGGAAAACAAUGUGUCGCAGAAAGAGAAUGCCCGGCCCUUGUCAGCGUCAGGCGGUAGCUCACCAGUCUCCCCACUCUCGCCUACCACCCCGCCCACCACCACGCCCACCGCAAGCCCAGGUCUGCAGCACAAUGCCCACCCUGCCUCCCCUGGCUCUCCCCUGGGGCUGGUCACCUCCCCAGGCUCCCCUGUACACUCACCCAGGGCCACCAACACCCUGCGACGACACACCAAAUCUACCAAGAACCUCCUCAUACCCAGAUUCUAUUACCCGAUGGGUCGGCCAACAAGUCAGAUGACACAGGAGCAGGCACUGUCGCGGGUGGGUGCCGUUUUCCGUGAGCAAGGGGGACAGGUGACCCGUGAGAACAUGGAGCCUCUAAUGCGGGCCUGCCAGCUGCCUCUCUACUGGAAGGCCCCUCUCUUCAUCGCCGCUGGCGGGGAUAAGCUCGGCUACCUCACACAAGAACAGUUUGCUGAUUACUGGAGCAGAGUGAUCUCAACUUGUCAUGACAUGGCUUCUCGAUUUGUUCGGGUGUUGAGUCGUGGCAUGCGAAACUACCUCAUGCCUGAGGAUUUCCUCAGCAUGAUCCAGGAUGUAGUGGAUACACAUCCUGGACUUACCUUCCUAAAGGAGGCCACUGAGUUCCACUCCAGAUAUGUCCAUACUGUCAUAGCAAGAAUAUAUUAUUGUGUAAAUAGAUCAUGGUCUGGCAGAAUAACUUUACCAGAACUUAGGAGAUCAAACUUGUUACAAGUAAUAAGCUAUUUAGAAGAGGAAGAAGAUAUUAACCAAAUUACAGAUUACUUCAGUUAUGAGCACUUUUAUGUAAUUUAUUGCAAGUUCUGGGAACUGGACACAGAUCAUGAUUUGUUCAUAGAUAAGCAUGAUUUGGCCAAACACAAUGAAAGAGCACUUUCUUGGCGUAUGAUUGAGCGUAUAUUUAGUGGAGCAGUGACAAGAGGACGGUUACAAAAGCAAGACCGUAUGGGUUAUCAAGAGUUUGUAUGGUUCCUUAUUUCUGAAGAAGACAAACGACAUCCAACUGCUAUAGAGUAUUGGUUUAGAUGUAUGGACCUUGAUGGAGAUGGGUACCUAUCUAUGUAUGAGCUGGAAUACUUCUAUGAAGAGCAACUGCAACGCAUGGAAGCCUUGGGGAUUGAAACUCUGCCAUUUCAUGACUGUCUUUGUCAGAUGUUAGAUAUGGUUCGACCAGAGGAAAUUGACAAGAUUUCUCUUAGGGACCUGAAAAAGUGUCGUAUGACUCCCAUAUUUUUUGACACAUUCUUCAACUUGGAGAAGUACUUAGACCAUGAACAACGUGAUCCAUUUGCUUCACACCGUGCUGAUGAUGAUGGACCAGAGUAUGACAUCUAUAGGUUCUAUGGAGAGGAAGAUGAACUAUCAAUGGGUUGUGACGAUGCCUUAGACUCAAGUGGAGGGAGCAGGAACACAUUAGGAGUAGGAAGUGGGGGAGCCCUUAACAAACAUUCUCCACUCUCAGCUACAGUCACUAACCUAGCUGCUGAUCCCAUGGAUGUGGAUGAUGAUUACCCUGAUUAUGCUGAUUCAGACGAUUACCAAUAUUGAAAAAAAAUUAUACUGACCGAUUCUCAUCCGAGAAAUAAGUGAUGAUUCUCCCAGAGUGAACCUGAAUGCAAAGUUUUGUAUCAUGUAUGAAUAUUGUAUAAGUAGACCCUUUAAUAAGACAGUAGUUAUGUUUACAAAAAAUGGAGUCUUGCAUAAAAAUCUUGUUAAGCAAAUUUAAGAACAUAUGGGCAAAACAUGGUUGUGUUCCUGGGACCACCAGAAAUGCCAAACCAGUUUUUUAAAAUUCUUAUUUCGUCAAAAAUAAUGAAGUUUUUGACACUUUGUUGUAGAUGGUGUUGCUUGUUGAUCUAGAAUUAUAGAUUAUAUAAAUCCUAUAAAAAAAAAAUUGGGGCCUGGGCAAAGCUGGUGUUUGACAUAGUAUACCAUCUACUCUUUACAGAGAAUAUAGAGAAGGCUAAUACCCCACCAAUAACUUUUAUUCACAAUCUUCUUUCUUUCUUUCAACACACCGGCCGUAUCCCACCGAGGCGGGGUGGCCCAAAAGGAAAAACCAAAGUUUCUCCUUUUUACAUUUAGUAAUAUAUACAGGAGAAGAGGUUACUAGCCCCUUGCACCAGAUUCACAAUCUUAUCAGUAUAAAAUAUGCAAAAAAGUAACAAAGAAUUUUAACCUACCAUAAAUUCUUUAUUUCUGUUGCUUUAAGUGUGUAAGAAGUGUUUGGGGAUGGUUACAUAGCUCAGCUGAACAGUAGACAGGUCAUUUGUUAGCUGAUGCCUCUCAUAGAUUUCACUGUAUCUGCAAUUUUCUUGUUUAUAAUAAUAAGGAAAAUUUUUAUCCUACUGUAUAUUUAUUGUUCUCCUACUUGUUAAGUGUUUGGAGAUAGUUACAUGACUACUGAGUGGUAGAUGGCAGUUUGUGUUAUCAGCUGAUGGCAGUUGUACAUUUGAUCAGCUGAUGCCAUCACAAUUCACUAUACAAUUUUCUCAUUUAUAAUGAUGACAAGAAUGUUUUCCUACCUUUAAUUUUUUGUUCUCUUGCUUAUUGGAGAUGGUUAUGUGACUGCUGAGAGGAAGAUAGCUGCAAGUCAUUCAUUUUAUCAUCUGACAGCCAUGGGUUGGUCAUCUGUUAAGGUUAUUAGGGCCACUACAGCAAACACUGUAUUGAGCCAGAGUCAGCAACUGGCUUUCCCCAGACCAUAUAAAUAUCUGAAAAGAAAAGUUUUCAUGUCUGAGCCUUCUUUUAAUAUUUUUCAUGGCAUUCUAUUCAAAUUUAUGCCUCAAUUUCUGUGCUGUCACAAAAAAAAAAAAAGCUGUUUAAAUAUGUUCUAUUUGAGGGUCUACUAUACUAGUUAAUAGCAUUGAUGGCAACUGCAUAUACAAAACUUUUGUCUUGUGGCACUGAGGUAGAUCAGAUAUAUAAAAAUAUAUAUAUAUA